AUGAGUGAGUUCAGUUUCAGAAGCAUCACAUUCAUGCUAGUAAUUGCAAUUCUGGUUUGGUCGUCGAAUUUCGACGCUUGCAUGGGCAGAAGAGGCCGGCAUUGGAGGCAAAGCAGGGCAUCCUUUGCUUCUCUUUCAAAGAAAAAAGGAAAAAGCAACCACGGCGGCAGCGGCGGCGGCCACUACCACAGCGGUAGUGGAUCAAAACCCAAGCCCCCAUCCCAUAAAAAGGCACCAUCUCCACCUCGUAACAAGGCACAGCCUCCACCUCAUAACAAGGCACCAUCGCCACCUCAAUAUAAAGCUCCACCACCACCACAGAAGGGUCCCUCCACUUAUAAUGUGCUAGAUUUUGGUGCUAAGGGUAACGGCGAUACCGACGACACAAAGGCAUUCCAAGCUGCAUGGGCCGCUGCUUGUAAAGUCGAGGCAUCAAGCAUUAUUGUUCCAGCCGGUUAUCAGUUCCUUGUGGGCCCCAUCUCAUUCUCCGGCCCUUACUGCCAGAAAAACAUUUUAUUUCAGCUAGAUGGCACGAUACUAGCGCCGACGGACUCAAAAUCCUGGGGCAAUGGCCUGCUGCAAUGGCUUGAAUUUACAAAGCUAAACGGAAUCACAGUACAGGGAAAGGGAGUGAUUGAUGGAAGAGGCUCUCCUUGGUGGCAGGACACUCCCUAUGGAGACCCUAUAGAUGAUGAUUACAAGCUCAUUGUGCCACUAAACAGCUCAUUCCAACAACGCCCGCCAAUGCCGAUAAGAAGCGAGCUGAGCGGGAAAAUGCCAAGCAUCAAACCGACUGCACUGCGGUUUUAUGGGAGUUUCAAUGUCACGGUUACAGGCAUAACGAUUCAGAAUAGCCCCCAAUGCCAUCUCAAAUUCGACAACUGCCAGGGAGUGCUGGUCCAUGAUAUGAGCGUCUCGUCCCCUGGGGACAGUCCCAACACAGAUGGAAUUCACCUCCAGAACUCCCAAAGAGUGCUCAUCCACUCCACCACUCUUGGUUGCGGAGAUGACUGUAUUUCCAUACAAACUGGAUGCUCGGAUGUAUAUAUACACAACGUGAACUGUGGACCAGGGCAUGGAAUCAGCAUUGGAGGUUUAGGAAAGGGCAACACGAAAGCAUGUGUUUCAAACAUUACCGUUCGAGACAUCAUGAUGCACAACACGAUGAAUGGUGUCAGAGUCAAGACAUGGCAGGGUGGAUCAGGGUCUGUUCAGGGAGUGCUGUUCUCAAACAUUCAAGUUUCUGAAGUUCAACUCCCCAUUGUGAUUGACCAAUUCUACUGUGACAAAACCACAUGCAAAAACCAAACAUCAGCUGUGGCUCUAUCGGGGAUCACCUACGAGAGAAUAAGAGGAACUUACACCGUAAAACCAGUACACUUCGCCUGUAGUGACAGCCUACCCUGCGUAGAUGUAACACUAAAUGGUAUACAGCUAAAGCCAUUGCAAGAAAAGUAUCACCUGUACAACCCCUUCUGCUGGCAGACGUUUGGGGAGUUGAGAACCCCAACAGUCCCACCCAUUGGUUGUUUACGGCUUGGCAAGCCAUCAGGCAACCAAAUAAAUUCAAAUCAUGAUGCGUGUUGAGAUUUUUAGUACUAAGUAUAUAUCUAUAUAUGUAUAUCUGAUGAUGAUGGUGUAUUCACUUUGUGUGGUCUGCAAGAUUUCCUGACCCCUUUCGCACCAUCAACGUAUUUGGUAAUUGGUAAUUGGUAAUUGGUAUAGUGUGUGUAUAAUUUGGCAGUCCUAGUUUUACAGGAAUUCUUCGUCAUCUUUGUUAGAGGCUUACGUUUAUAUCCUGCUGUUAUACAAGAUUACAUAAUUACAGAACUUCCAUGAAUUGUCUA